AUGCCUACUAUAACUAAUGGAUGUGCUCGCCAUGACGAAUAUCAAUAUUUAGAUUUGGUGAACCGAAUAAUAGACUCGGGCGAUAAACGUGUUGAUAGAACAGGUGUGGGAACUCUGUCAAUGUUUGGGGCAAUGCAAAGAUAUUCCUUAAAGAAUAAUACGUUGCCCCUAUUGACUACUAAACGCGUUUUUACGAGAGGAAUUAUAGAAGAGCUACUGUGGAUGAUUUCGGGGUCAACGGACAGUAAACUCUUGAGUAACAAGAAAGUUCACAUUUGGGAUGCAAAUGGCUCUCGAUCAUUUCUCGAUAAUCUUGGUUUCACAGAACGAGAAGAAGGUGAUUUGGGCCCUGUAUAUGGCUUUCAAUGGAGACACAGUGGCGCUGACUACAUAGAUUGCAAAACAGACUACACAGGACAAGGAAUUGAUCAAUUGCAGAAUGUUAUCAACACUAUAAAGAAAAACCCUGCAGACAGGAGAAUUAUCAUGUGUUCAUGGGUGCCAUCUGAUCUUUCCAAGAUGGCAUUACCUCCAUGUCACUGCCUUGCCCAGUUCCACGUAUCUGGUAAUAAAUUAUCUUGUCUUCUCUACCAGAGAAGUGCUGAUUUAGGACUUGGUGUCCCCUUUAAUAUAGCCAGUUAUGCAAUUUUAACUCAUAUGAUUGCACAUAUUACUGGACUUGAGGCUGGAGAAUUUAUUCAUACAUUAGGGGAUGCACAUGUGUAUCUUAAUCACAUAGAGCCUCUUAAAGUUCAAUUGCAAAGAACGCCAAAACCAUUUCCCACACUGGAAUUUAAUAGAAAAGUUCAGUCAAUUGAUGACUUCAAGUAUGAAGACUUUAUAAUAAAAGGAUAUAAUCCUCACCCCAAAAUCGAAAUGGAUAUGGCAGUAUAA